AUGCCUUCCACUUCUCUCGCAGACCUGGUGGCCGCCCUCCCAGCGGAGGACACCUGGGGCCCCUCCACCACCGCUGACAACAUGUUGUCCGGUGUCCCUUACGCUCCUUUCUCCAAGGGCGACAAGUUGGGCCGUAUGGCUGACUGGACUGCUGAGUCCAAGGAGCGCCAGAACCAGCGCCCUCAGUACAACCGUGGUUUCAGAGACCAGCAGGUUUACGGCGCCGGCUCCUCCAACCUCUUCACCGUCGCAACCGCCGAAGACGAGUCCUCCUUCUCCGUUGUUGACAACACCCGCACCCAAAAGCGCGCUUUCGGCCGUGGCGGUGGCACUGUCUUCCGUGGCCGCGGUGGCCAGCGCGGUGCUGCCAACCAGCGUGGUGGACGUGGUGGCUUCCAGCGUGCCGGUCCCGGUGGCCGUGACCAGAACAAGUCUGGAUACAACUACGAUACCCGCGGUGGACGUGGUGGCCAGCGUGGUGGCCGUCGUUUCGGCUGGAGAGAUUACGACAAGCCCCAGCGCAUCCGUGAGCCCUCUGUCAACAUCCGUCCUGAAUGGACUAUGCUGGAGGAGGUUGACUUCAGCCGUCUUUCUAAGCUGAACCUCGAUGCUCCCGAGGGUGAGGACCUCGAGACUUACGGUUUCCUCCAUUACUACGACAAGUCUUACGACAAGGCCCCUGUCAAGAACGCCGAGCGCAGAAUCCAGGCUCUCGACCGCGCCGCCUACAACGUCACCACUUCCCAGGAUCCCGUCAUCAACGAGCUCUCCGAGAAGAACGCCGCCACUGUUUUCGCUACCUCCGAUAUCCUCUCCAUGCUGAUGUGCGCUACCCGCAGUGUCUACUCGUGGGAUAUCGUCAUUGUUCACCAGGGCGACAAGAUUUACUUCGACAAGCGCGACGGUGCUUCCUUCGACAUGGUCUCCGUGAACGAGAACGCCAUUGACGCACCCCUCGAGGCCACCGAGACCACCGGCAAGCAGGACCAGCUCAACACCCCCAACGCUCUCGCCAUGGAAGCUACCAUCAUCAACCACAACUUCGCCCUGCAGACCCUGACCGAGUCCGACAAGUCGAAGGUCUCCUUCUCCAAGCCUAACCCCUUCUACGACGAGACCGAGGAGACCGAGCCCCUCGCCUCCAAGGGUUACAAGUACCGCCGCUUCGACAUUUCCCUCGAGCGCGACGAGGAGCCCGUCUCCAUGGUUGUCCGUACCGAGGUCGACGCCGUCAUGAAGGGCGGCCCUACCGGUGGUGAAGACCAGCAGCUGAUCAUCAAGGCUCUUAACGAGUUCGACCCCAAGGCCCAGGGCUCCGGCGGUGCCCUCGACUGGCGCAGCAAGCUCAACUCCCAGCGCGGUGCUGUCCUCGCCACUGAGAUGAAGAACAACUCUGCCAAGCUUGCCCGCUGGACCACCCAGGCUAUCCUCGCCAAGGCCGACGGCAUGAAGCUCGGUUUUGUCUCUCGUGUCAACCCUCGCUCUGCCGCUGGCCACGUCGUUCUCGGCGUUGCUGGCUACAAGCCCCGCGAGUUCGCUAGCCAGAUGAACCUGAACCUCGGUAACGGUUGGGGUAUCGUCCGUACUAUCGUUGACCGCAUUCGCACCCUCGACUCCGAGGAGCCCGCUGAGAAGGUCAAGAAGUACGUCCUCAUCAAGGACCCCAACAAGUCCGUUCUCCGUCUGUACAGCGUUCCUGCUACUACUUUCGAGGAAGAUGAGGAGGCUGAGAUUGAGGAGCCUUCUGAUGAGAAGUCCGACGCUGAGGAGUAA